AUGUCCCUCCAUCAUACCCAAGAAGAUGAUGCCUUCUUCACUAUGCGUUGGAGGCAGUGCCUCGAGACGUCAAAUGGACGUCCAGGACAGCUGAUGUGUCUUCUUUAUAUUCUAAAAUCCACAAAAGUUGUUCAUUUGCAUCUUACAGAUUGUAAACCCAAAUGUACAUAUCGACGCUCUGCAACAUCACACAAGAAGCCAUGGAGGGGAGGUGGAGAGGUUGGUAGGAAAAACGGAGAAGAAAGGGAAGGAAAGAGCAGAUCGAAAACAACACAACAGGUGGGGAUUCGUGGGUUUGCUCAGCACCCGAUGGGAUGUGGAGAGGGAAAGCAGGGGUCGAGCAAAACAAUAAUAGAGGAUGUUUGGGAUUUUGGAUUAGUUUAG